UUAAAACGGGAUAUUAUAAAUUGAAAGUGUAAUAAAUAUAUAAAUAGAACACACGGAAAAUAACAAAUCACAGAAGUCAAAUACGUUUUGAUAGAAAAAAUAAGUGCGUCUUGUAAUGCGCCUUGGGGGCGGCUUACCAUACGACGGCGACCCCCCGACAAUGAGCGCAGCUGGCAAUGAUUAUGCAGAAUUAUGCGAUCUUGGACCCUCACGAUGGAGUUCGCGUGGCUAUUAUUAUGCACCACCCGCACAUGCGACCGCAUUACAUCCUAGUGCCGCGACCGGCCUACAACAACCGCAAUCCUCAUCCAGCGUACCGACCGGCAGUUCGGCCGGUCUCAGUGCGCAUCCGUUGCGCACACCGAGCAGUUACGAGGCGGAAGACGUUUCCUUUGGCAUGAUUAGUCCACCGCCGGGUGUUAUCGGUCCGUCGUCGGUUGGUCUUAGCGGUACGUACGGCAUCGGUUCGCGUAUUGGCAAUAGUACGAGUUCGUUACGUGGCGGCCGUUCGGGUCUUUAUUACUCACCGCCCGGUACGUCAUACACAAUUGUGGAACGACCACAUUCGCCGCAUUACUAUUACAAUACGGCCGGUGCACCAACGAAGGGUGGCUCAUUGCCGGGACGUGGUUCGUCAUAUCUAUCGUCAACAGCAUCGCCCACCAGCCAUAUGGCGGCCACAGGUGGUGGUGGUACGCUACCCAACUCAACGGCGACGAUGGGUGGGCGUGCACACAGCAGUAUGGGCAUGGCGAAUGGCAAUAAAAAGCGUCCCAUCUCGCCGGAGCAAGUGCUGCGCAUGUUUGGUGCGACGCAAUCUUCUUCAGUUCCUACAAGCAGCUAUCACUAUAGCAACGGCACAAGAGAUCGUACUGGACGCCGCAGCCCGGCGAGUAGUCCGCCCUCGACCACGCAUCAGAUGUAUCGUGAGCGAGAUCGAGAUCGUAGCAUAACGAAUAUACAUGAAUUAACCACACGUACCAUAAACAUGUCACGCGAUCAGCAGAUCGAUCAUGGUUUUGGUAUUUGUGUUAAAGGAGGAAAAGACUCAGGAUUAGGCGUCUAUAUCUCACGCAUCGAAGAGAAUUCAGUGGCUGAGCGCGCCGGCCUGCGCCCCGGUGAUACAAUCCUAGAGGUGAAUGGCACGCCGUUCACUUCAAUAAAUCACGAGGAGGCGUUAAAAAGAUGUGUGCAGAUAUUGAAAUCAUCACGUCAAAUCAGUAUGACGGUGCGCUCACCACCGACGCUCAACUCCCACGCGCCACUACAUGGCUUUGGUCCACCCUCGUCGCGGGAUCCCAUGUACGCAUCGAUGGCGCCACUACUGCCACAAUCGGCGGCCGGCUUACCGCCCGGAGCGACGAUGAUUGGCGGCGGUGGUCUACCAUUUCGUCAGACAUGUUCCUGGAUGGACCGACAUGGUCGUCCCGCUUCGCCACCCAUGGAGUAUGGUGGACGGCAUACGGAUCGUCGUGAGAGAAUUCGACGCGUAGAGCUGCUCAUUGAACCGGGUCAGUCGCUGGGUCUAAUGAUACGCGGCGGCGUUGAGUACGGCCUCGGCAUCUUCGUCACCGGCGUCGAUAAGGACAGUGUCGCAGAUCGUGCUGGCCUCAUGGUCGGCGACGAGAUACUCGAGGUCAAUGGUCAGUCAUUUCUCGACGUGACCCAUGACGAGGCGGUCAGUCAGCUGAAAUACCAUAAACGUAUGUCGCUUGUCAUACGUGAUGUUGGUAAAGUGCCACAUUCCUGUACAUCCAUAGAGAUGGAGCCUUGGGACGCGUAUAGUCCGACGGGGACGAGAGCUCGUCGAAAAGGUCAAAUAACCGCUAUGGUGGAGGAGAAAGCACGCUCGCUCCUGCCACGCCAUCAAUUCGCAAGUCUCUCGUAUUAUAUUGCUGAAUAUGCUGCGAGAGCGAUGACCAUAGAUGCCUUUGUUGCCGUCUUAUUAGAAAUGUUAGACACAUAUGAGAAACAUACGUUAGUGACGGAACUACGCGAACUUAUAUAUCCAGAGGAUCGUACGCGAUACGAUGAGCUUGUUUAUCGUAGAGAACGUGAUCCGUAUAGCGUGGAAAGGCACAGGCGUAAAGGAGAAACCGCACGUGAUUUACCGGUAACCGAUGUUGACUUGGAAGUAAGCGCGGCCACCGGACGCAGUCCAUCGUCAGACUCCGGGCUGGGCAUGACAGUGUCGGACAUGAAGAAUCGGCCAGCGCAACAAUUGCCCUAUCGCCCCAUGUCUGCCGGUCCCGUCUUGCAUCGCUCAUCCCACAAUUACCAUCAUCCAGCGUCAUAUCCACAUCCGCAUCCACCACCACAUCAUCACUCAUCGUUGCGUCAUCUGGGCGGCACGGCUGCCGCGUUGCAGCGCGAAAGAGAACGGGAGGCACGUUGCUUGGCCGCCGCCGCUGCGGCCAAUAUAAAGACGAGCGGCGCGCAACAGCAACAGCACCAGCUACAGAAACAGCAACAUUCACAGCAUGCAACCACAUCAUCAUCAUCGUCGUUGGCAACAAAUAAUCAAUCAAUCUGUAAAAUAUAUACCACGGGCGUUGAUAACAACAAAACUGACAAUCAGCAUCAGGAAUACGGCUGUGAUGACCAUAGGUCCCGUAGAGGCAGUGAAACUCAAAUACCACACUCGGAAUACGAACAAGAUGCGGAACAGGAGUUGGCCACAAAACUUUCGAGAAGUUUCGAUAUGAAGGAGGAGGGAGGCACACUGUUGGGCGACAAAGGUGUACGCAGACAUCAGUCCAUGCAACGCCUUUCGGCCGAGCAAAAUGGUUCAACGACUGAACAAACACAUGAACACAAUCCAAACGUCGUACCUGAUCAUAGAGGCAACUUACACAUUACUGUUAAGAAAACUAAACCAAUUUUAGGUAUUGCUAUCGAAGGUGGUGCUAACACAAAACAUCCGCUUCCAAGGAUAAUCAAUAUCCAUGAAAACGGUGCAGCAUACGAAGCGGGCGGCCUCGAAGUCGGGCAACUUAUACUGGAGGUGGACGGCAACAAAGUCGAGGGUCUACAUCACCAGGAGGUUGCCCGCCUGAUAGCCGAAUGCUUUUCGAAUCGCGAAAAGGCCGACAUAACCUUCUUAGUUGUCGAAGCGAAAAAAUCGAAUCUGGAACCAAAACCAACAGCGCUUAUAUUUUUAGAAGCCUAACAUUUGCUUGCCCUGCCGGCUAAUGAGGACCCACUGGAACGACAAAAGCUCGAGUUCCUAUUCGAAUGGGGUAUCGAUUUAACGACAACGCCAAAACCAAUGCCAACACCAAUACCAUUAACAAAAGCUAAAAAUCCACCGCCACUGCCACUCAACAUUAAAUCCAUCAACCAUCCAUCACAUCAGCCAACAACGGCGACACACGCACACACACACACAACGCUGGCGCCGCAUCAUCAUCAGCAGCCAACGACGCAGCAACAUGUUGCCAACGCAACAACGACACCAACAACAACCAACAUAACGACGCGAACGCAUACGCCACAAACUACACAAGCGAGCACGGGGAUGCCAGCGCAGACGACGAGCGCCCAAUACACGAGAAGUCCAACACAACAACAGCAACAACAACACUACCAACAACGUACAACACCCACUACAGCUACAACAACACCGACAAAAAGUACACAACAACAACAGCAGCAACGUCAAAGACUGACCCCAGGCGAGCGCACGCGCGCCGCGGCCACUACAAGAACAACAGCAACACCAACAGCAUCAGCGCCAACGUCACGUGAGCACACACCCACGCGCACCACACAAUCACAUUCACAACAACAACAACAUCAGCAACACAAUCAGUCAUCCUUACAGCGCCAAACAUCGGUGAAUCAACAAAAAUCACAACAACAACAUCAACACGAACAGAGGCGCGACCUCGAACGCAAAGACUCACAGCGCGAACGCGAUCGCGCGAAAGAGCGUGAACAUGAGCGCCAGCGUGCACAUGCUGAUGCGCGCGAGCGUGAGCAUGAGCACGAGCACGAACGCGAGCACGGACGCGCACGUGGCCGUGAGUUGGAGCACGAGCGUGAACGGCAGCGUGAUUAUGCGCACGAACGUGCACGUGAUUACCAACACGAUCGGGAGUAUGCGCGUGAACGUGAGUAUGCCGCACGUGAGCGUGAAUAUGAGCGUGAGUUGUCACGUGAUGCGCGUCACGCUGAGUAUGAGCGCGAGCUGCCACGUGAUGCACGCCAUAGCGAGUAUGAGCGUGAUCGUGAGCGUGAUUACGCGCGCGAACGUGAGUAUGAGCGAGAGCGCGACUCCGAACGUGAACACGCCCCACCACCGUCAUCAGCACACACAACACAACAACAAGCCCAUCAUCACCAACAACAAACACAUUACAAUAAAACGAAUUAUAAUUCCGUUUACCAGUAAAAAAAGAACAAAAGGAAAACCAACAAACAAACAAACAAAACCAAACGAAUUUGAGAAAUUGCUAACGAAAUUAACCACCAACAACAAAGAAACGUAUGCUUGUAAAAUUAAUUACUUAACGCAGUAACAACAACAAUAACAGCAAUAGCAACAUGGUACAAACAACAUGAACAACAAAAUUGAAACAACAACUCUACACAACAACAACAAUAGUAACCAUGCAUGGAACAACAAUAAAGUCUAUAAUUUUGAAUUGUGCAAACUGUGUAACUUCCACGCGUUAAAAGAAACACUUAGCAAUUCCUGUACGCAAUAGUCCAAUUCUAGCAACAACUUACAAUUAACUAUCUGCAUAGCGCCGCCGUUCGUUUCACUACAAUACCCCCGCCUACGCGUUCCAUCUUAGUACCCCGCGCUCUCAUAGUAUCGCUUAAAAUUUUUCUCCUCUCUAUCUCUCUCUCUCCGAUCAUAGAAAAAAAUAUUAAAAAAAAUUAAAAAAAAAAAUGUUUUGUGUGCUUAAACGGUUAUAAUUUUUAGCUUUUGUACACCAACACGCUAAAUUGUAUUAUUUGCAAUUUUCACCACACACACACACGAGAUACUCAGCCAAGUUGUAGAGACAUUUAACAGCUUAUUUUUGCUUCCGCCUCGUCUAUGUUUUUUAGAUGUUUGUGCUUAGUGUUUUAUGGUCAGCUUUAAAUGCUUCAAACGCUUAAAAUCACGUUCACAGCAGCAGCAAGUAUGAGGAGGCGUCCAACGCGCCAUGUUAAGGUUGCCGAGCUUAUGUUAGGUUGAGUGCUAACAGCACUUGUUUUGUAUUUUCAACAGGAAAUUUAAGAAAAUUUUAGUUUAGACUGAGUUCUUUAGGGUUAAAUGUUGUAAGGAAGGUUUGUCAAUUGUGGAAAUAGGCGACAGCGUUGCCAACUUGUUUAAAAGUGUUUCGCUUUUUGUUAAAAAAAGUUUAAUUUCUAUGAAGAUCUCAAAAAGUGUUGUUAAAUGCGAUUUAGGUAUUACGAUUAAUACAAUAAACCCAGUGUUUAUGCUAAACAUCAGUCUGAAAGUUAAACUUAAGUUUAAAAACAAGUUGAAUCUCUAAGAAGACACCUAAAAGUGCUGUUCAAUACGAUUUAGGUGAUAAAUUUUAUACUUUAAACUCCGUGUUUAUGUUAAACACCAAUAUAAGGCAUAAACUCGAGUUAGCGCCCCAACAUGAACUCUAUAAAAAGCACCUAAAAGUGCCGUGUAAGUGUAUUUAAUGAUCAUCAUUUGUACGCUAAACUCCAUGUUGAGGCUAAACACCAGUACGACGCAUAAACUCGAUGAAAUGGGCUAACUAAAGCUUUCACCGAAACCUCAUGCAGCAUUGGAAACUCUUGCUUUACACCUGCGCUGUUGAGCACUUUGCUUUAUUGCAUAUUUAAACUUCCAAAUUUAUUCGUAUCAAUAAAACACUGCCACAACAACAAA